GCGCCUCACUUCCGGGAUUUCUUGACACGCCCGAAUCCUCGGCAAAAACCUCCCAUCACUCAUGAAAAUCUGUUUACUUGAUGAAUCGAAGGGUCUCCUGUAUACGAUACGUUAUAUGAAUGUUAAGCGUGUCAAUAUUUUUGUCACAGCAGCUGCGUCUCCGCUGUGUUAUUGUUGAUACGAAAUUGCGGGUCGAGCUAACGUCAGAUAAUUUGAAGCUCAUAUAAUUCCAAGAGACAACUGGCAAUAAGACACGAGCAUGCCAAAUGAGGCUGACCACAACGAGGGUGGAGGAGACAAGGAGUCUGAGGAGAGUGCACAGGAUUCUUCUGAGCAGUCAGUGAGGAAGCGAGUCCGAACAAAUACACCAAGUCCACACAGAGGAGCAAACGCUCCACAAGCCAGCCCACCCAGGUUUGUGUCUGUGGAGGAGUUAAUGGAAACAGCAAAAGGAGUUACCAAUAUGGCUUUGGCCCAUGAAAUAAUGGUGAACCAGUCUUUUCAAGUUAAACCAUCUGAGCUUCCUGAAGGAAGUUUGGAGCGCAGAGUGAAAGAGAUUGUACACCAAGCAUUCUGGGAUUGUCUAGAAGCUCAAUUAAAGAAGGAUCCACCACAGUACAGCCAUGUUAUCCAACGGCUGUCUGAAAUUAAAGAGACGUUGCUAUCUUUCUUGCUGACGGGCCAUAGUCACUUGCGGUCCCGAAUUGAGGAGGUUCUUGAUCUGACUCUAAUCCAGCAGCAGGCGGAGAAAGGAGCACUGGACGUUGGUGCCCUUUCCAAUUUCAUUAUUGAGAUGAUGGGAUCGCUUUGUGCUCCCUGCAGGGAUGAGGAUGUCAGUAAACUAAAGGAGAUUACCGAGUUUGUCCCUUUGCUCAAGGCCAUAUUCUCAUUAUUGGACCUGAUGAAGUUGGACAUGGCUAAUUUUGCUGUAAACAGCAUCAGGCCUCAUCUGAUGCAGCAGUCCGUUGAGUAUGAGAGGAACAAGUUCCAGGAGUUUCUGGACAGACAACCAAAUGCUUUAGACUAUACUGAGAAAUGGCUUAAGGACACAUUAAAGAACUUGAGAGGGGCUUCUUCCACUGAGGCCUCAGCUGAUCCUCCUGCUUUCCUCCCAGCUAAUGUCCAUAAUCAAGCGUAUUUGCGCCUGCUUAAAUGGGAACACCUCUCAGAGCCCUUUCCUGAGACAAUGUUGAUGGAUCAGGUUCGGUUCCAGGAAAUGCAGCAAAUAACUGAACAAUUAGUUCUACUUUCAUCGAUAUUACUCAUAGUUUACACAACCACGGGGGAAGCCAUCUCAGGCAUUCCGGGGCUCAUGGAGACGCUUAAAAACACUGUUCAUGCCAUGCUUGCAGAUAUGCAUGCACCGUCUUUCAAUCUGCAAGAGACCCUAGUGACCACUGGGGAGAAACUGUGCAUGGAGCUAAGUCAAUGUUUAACCCAGCAUGGCUCCGCCGCAUUAUCUACUGACCAAAAAAACAUUCUGAUGGGGCAAAUCUCUGCCACCAUCCAGCCGGACAACACAGUCCGUCAGUUGAUGGACUCUCGGGUUCAGAGCUACCUGCUGGCCACUCUGGAGUCCAGUCAACACAAGACCCCUCCUCCUAUACCUGGAGGUCUUGCACCCAUCUGCAAGGAGCUACAAGCACUUGCUGUUCGCUUCAGUUGUCUCGUCAAUUUCAAUAAGCUGGUCUUCUCCCCAUUCUACCGAAAGAUUCUCCAAGAGUGCUUCUCAUCAGGAGGUUGUGCCAGCACAAAGACGUAAGCGCUAUGACAGUGAUGUUAGGUACAUUUUCAAGCUAACACUUGAAUUCAACAAAAGGAGCUGAGGAUAAUGAUAACACAUUUAAAACACAUUAAAAUCACUACAUGGAGG